AUGGCUCCAUCAUCCGCUAAUUUCUCCUGGCACCCUAUACCCUCUUCGCCAAGUGGAACAACGUGCAAAGUACACCUCCUGCAAGCCGGCGGCCUCCUCAUCCCCUACGACCGUGUUCUCCUCCCCAGGCCAAAACAAGAAAGCCACACCCUCUCCCCAGACUACAGCCCCUCAAAAAGCGAAAAGUACUACGUCCCAGACUACUGUUUCCUCAUCGAGCACCCGCCCACCGGAGACCACUACAUCUUCGAUCUCGGCAUGCGCAAAGACCUCGACGCCCUCCCGCCCCUGAUUAAGAAGACCACGCUACCAGUAUUCACCCCAUUUCCCAAGAGCCCAGCGGAGAUAUUGAAGAAGUAUGGGAAUCCGCAGCAGCAGCCUGAGAAAUUCAAGGCAGUGCUGUUCUCGCACGUGCAUUUUGAUCAUGUAGGUGACGGAGCAACAGCGGGUUUUAUACACGCAGAGCUUUGGGUUGGCCCAACGACGUGCACGUACGCAAGGCCUGGCUAUCCUGAUUAUGAAAACGCGCCUGUCUUGUCGGAGAACUUCCCUACGGAUGGAAGUAGGAAGAUUGUUGAGGCGUAUGUUAGCGAUGGGCGACUGGAACAGGACGGAGAUAGCAGGGUGGGCAAGGUAGCGCAGGGGAAGAAGGCGGGGAAGUACGAAGCUGUGGAAUUAAGAGACGUAGGGAAUGACGGAUGGAUUGGCGUCGGGUCAUUCGACCGCGCAUUUGAUGUCUUUGGGGAUGGGUCGGCGUAUUUGAUUGAUGCACCGGGGCAUUCGCCGGGUCAUCAGAUGCUACUUGUGCGCAUGACUGCGUCUUCGCAUGCAGAUUCAUCGGCUUCGUCGUUUGAUGAAGACAGCUUUGUACUCCUCGCUGGCGACUGCUAUCAUCAUCCGGACCUCUUAAAGGAUCCUGAACGUACAGCGCGUCCGCCAUAUUCUAAAGGCUCGAUGCAUACCGAUCCUGAAGUAGCGGUCGAGACUAUACAUCGUACGCAAGCUUUUGCUUACAAGGAUAAUGUAUGGGUCAUGGCAGCGCACGACUUCAGUGUUGGCGAGGCUUUGAGGAAGGGUGAGAAGGAGAUCGAGGGUCUCAUUCUGAUCAAUGACUGGCGGGGGAAGAAGUGGAAGCCGGAUGUGCAUUUAUAA